CUUCUGACCAGUACAGAGGAAACAUCUCCGAAGAUGGUGUCACCAAGUUUGUUUGUGGUGGUGGUGUUGGGUGUGGUGGCAGCGGUGGGGGCUGACCCCAGCUACCCCCAACCCGCCCCCUGUUACCCCAAGACCCAGUACGUCACCCAGUACCAGACGCAGGUCCAACAGGUUCCUGUGUAUACGACUGUGUACAAGACCCAGGUCGUCCCCACCACACACUACCAGACCCAGUACCAGACCCAGUACGUGACCAAGUACGAGACCCAGUACGUUCCCCAGUACGUCACCGAGACCGUCUACAAGACCCAAGUCCAGUACCAGACCCAGUACGUAACCAAAUACCAGACCCAGUACCAGACCCAAUACGUCACCAAGACCGAGUAUGUCCCCCAGUACAUCACUCAGACCCAAUACCAAACCCAGUACGUUACACAGACCCAGUACCAGACCGUGUACAAGACCGAAUACGUCCCCCAGUACGUCACCAAGACCGAGGUGCAGUACAAGACCCAGUACCAGACCCAAGUGGUCCCAGAGUACCACACGGUCACCAAGACCCAGCAGACCUACAAGACGGUCUGCCCCAAGCCCUCCUACGGCUACUGAAGACUCGGUCCGCCAGAGGGUCAAAUACCCGGUAGUGGAUUCCACUUUUCAUCGAAAUUACGGUUUUUGAAUUUUGUAAAUAAACAAUUUGAACAUU